AUGGCAAGAAAGAAAAUAAAGAAAUAGAAAAGUAAAUGUCCUCGUAGUUAAAUGAACAAAAAAGAAUAUGAUGACUUUUUAGAUGAGACAAAUGAAUAUUAUAAAUUACUUUAGACUAUACACCCAGGAAUGGUAUAGGAAGAGAAAAAAUUAAUUAUGCAUCAAAUUAAAGAAGACUCAGAUUGA